AUGAACACAUCUACAACGGUUACGACCACAGUCAACAUGCUCCGGCAAGCCGCUGUGCGCUCCACGCGAGCGGUGCGAGCCUCUCCUUCCUCCUCUUCCUCCUCUUCAGCUGGUGCUGCACCUGGCUCGUCCCGCAUGCUCAACACCACUGCCAAGUCUCCUCGCACCACACUCCGCCCGCAUCCUGUUGUCAUCGGACCCACGCAGCUCAAUCGCUACCAGGAGCACUACCGUACCACCCUCGCAUCGGAUCUGCUCUACAUGACCUUUGACCCUGCUGUCAACCUCGAACCUUCCGUUCCUGCCUCUGCCGACGCUUCCCCCAGCACGCCCACCAACCCAGCCUCGAGCGGCGACAUGCAAGAUCGACAGCGAUCAUGGAACGAACAAGAUCCAUACACCGUCAACCGACCUCAACGACCCGCACGUGGUAACCGUCGACUGUCUCCCCUCACCAAACCUCUCUCCCCACACAACACGAUGAACGAGAUCCCCAAAUUGGACAAGAUCAUCCUCACCUGCUUCAGCAGAGAUGCCAUCACCAACAAGCACAACCUGGUGCCCCUCAUCGCUCAGAUGCGCGCCAUCACAGGCUUGAGCGUCGAAGGCUCCCUCUCUGAUCCAUCCUUGCUCGCUGCCGGUUCGUCCCCCAACUCUGGCCGGGGACACAUCGAGAUCAUCCGUGCAAAAUCCGGAGUCGCGUCCUUCAAGCUUCGCCCAGGGAUGCCCGUCGGUGUCAAGGCUGUUCUCCCUGGACCUGUAGCGCAUGAGUUCCUGGAGAUGCUCACGACCUUUGUGUUGCCGAGGUUGAGAAGCUUUGCAGGCUUCCCGUUGCCUCCUGCGAGUCAGCCACCUGCCAGCCCGGCAGCCAUGUCCGGCGUCGUCAGCUUGGGUAUGCAUCCAGAGGCCAUCCCGUUGUUCCCGCAGAUUGAGAUCAACUUGGACCAGUACCCGAACAAGCCGCUCGGCUUCCAGAUUGACUGCAUCACGAACCAGAGGGGCAGGAAGGCGACGGAGAAGGCCAGGGCGCUGCUGAGUGGCAUGGGCAUUCCAUUUGUCAGGAGGGGUGACAUGUAA